UUCUCAUUAUUUUUUAGACAAGAUUAAUAGAAUUUUGGGACAAAUCUUAGCCAGCAUGAAGGGAGAAAAAAAAUGAAGAAAUAUAUAAUUCUUACUAGAUGAAUGACGGCUACGAUGGAGAUUUAUGUGUAAAAGACCUUCAAUUACAAAUUAUCAACUCACUUUUAUAAGUAAUUGAAAGGUCUAAUGAUGUUGUACAUGACCCUAGUUAUAACCAAAGAGCACGUGAUUAGCAGCCUCCUCGAGUACUUUGUCAUCUCUAAUGAAUCGAAUUUAAAGUUCUGAGGAGAUCUAUUUGAAGAUACAAAUCUUGGGCUUGCUUUAAUAACUUCUAAAACAUUAUCCCAAUCUUCUCCCUUUUUCAGUUUAAUAUUAUAGAGGACAGAGACAAACCCUAUCUACAAACUGCAAUGUAAUCUGAAUAUUUUUUUCUUCGGCUCUAGAAGUGAAGUACAACCUUUGCAUAUGAGGCCAAAAAUGGUGAUGCAAAAAGGAAGAUAGAACUUCAUUGAUCCAUCCUUAAGAAAUAAGCAACGCAAUAUCUUCAUCGAUGACCUAAUUGGUUAGCACGAAUUUUUUGUAAGCCGAUGGUGGGGUUCCCACAAAUUAGUGUAGUCCACCUUGCUUGGUACUGUAUCAUGGAAGUGUUUCCGGUCGCUUUCUUUUUUCCAUACUCUUUUGCCACUCUUCUCCUCGUAUAAAAAGGACUUGAACUCUUUCAACAUGUUGCACCGACAAUAGCUUAGUCAACCAAACAUGCAGUUUCAAGUAGAAGAACUCAGGAGAGGGACUUGGCUUGAUGAGGAAGAUGAACGACUCACCACCUUUGUAAACCUUAUGGGGGAGCGAAGAUGGGAUGAUUUAGCAAAAGCAUCAGGUCUAAGAAGGAGUGGUAAGAGCUGUAGGUUGCGAUGGUUAAACUAUCUUCGUCCCAAUCUUAAGCAUGGAAAUAUAAGUGUUGAAGAAGAGAAUAUCAUCCAUCAGCUUCAUGAGCGUUGGGGUAACAAGUGGUCGAAGAUUGCUCGGAGAUUGCCUGGAAGAACUGAUAAUGAAAUAAAGAACUACUGGAGAAGUCAUUUAAGAAAGAAAACACAAAUUCAACAAGGUGCCGGACUACUUGAUAACACUCACAACCAGUUAGAGGAUGCCAAAGAAGAUUUAUUAUUGUUUCAAAAUGCUGAUCAUACGAGUGCUCAAAGAUCAUAUAACUAUGAGAAUUACCAUGGUUGGUCAGUUGAAGACUCAGGAGGAACCGAAUGUAAUUCCAUUGAUGCUUUUGAGUUUUCAUUGGCAAGUUCACCAUAUGCAACCAGAAUGUCAGAUUGGAUAUCUGACCUGUCAAAUGAUCAGAGCCAAAUAAACUAUCAGGAUGAGUGCAAUAGCAUAGACUCAAGUUUCUGUUUUCUGGACUGGACUCCGGAUGAUGGUCUUAUAUGGGAUUGCUCAGCUGGUUCCCUCUGGGAUAUGAAUUAAUUAAUAAAGACAUGAUUAUGAUGACAUUUUGAAAUGUAAAUGUAAAGAACCUUCUAACUGUAAAAAUGGCAUGUUUUGCACCACGAAAUGCAAAUCACUAGUUGAAACUGAAAAAAUAUGCUUGGCCAGACACUUGCUUUUAGAACAUAUUAGCCAAUUCUAGUUUCUGAUCUCUUCUUCU